AUGCACUAUCCACGAAGAACAUUCCUACAGAACGUUCCUCGCUGUUCUGAUAAUAUGUGGCUACUCGGCAGUCUGCAACGCCGACAGUCCCGCAAUUCAAAACUGUCCAAUCAAAUUGUGCUACGUUACUCUGUCGACACACACAGCAGCAACUUAUCACGAACAAUGUUCAGGCAGGCGUAUUGAGUCACUACGUGGUGUGCGCAACGUCUUGACAAUUCCCUCGGAAACGAAGAGAGGAAGCAAACCAAAGGCGGGUCUACCCCGUGUCAUGCAAUCGAUGGAGGUUGUGGUGGGUGCAGGCAGUCGGCAGGGUUCACCGACGGCCUGCCACGGGGCUGCAAACGGCAAGUCCUGGUCCGGUGAUCAAGUGUUGGACGCCAUGACGGCGGCUGCGGUAACCAUAAGCAGCUACGGAGGAGAAUAGGUCGGAGUGGUAGGAACGGCAUGAGCGCGAAACUUGGCUGAUGACGGUGCAGUAGUUACGCAGCGACCAACAGCUUUGACGACGUGAAAUGGAUUUCCAUAUUUCGCAUGCCGUAGCCCCUGUAUCGGGGCAAUUCAAGGUUGAGUCAACGCUAAAUCCGUUUGGCUUAUGUACAUGCACGGCGGAGAGUGUCGUGGAGAGCGCUGACAGGUAUGUAUAUACCCGGUCAGAGUUGACCCAGAAUAUGCCCUGUGCCAUGUACUAGCGGUCACGUUCCGAGGGGAGGAAGGUGGCCUUGAACCCCGAGUAAGUGCUGAAGUGGGGAAUCAAGCUACAUGACACGACGCUCUUUGUGAGAGGAUACGCGUGUGAUCGGCGAGAAGAUGACCACGUUUUAUCUAUCCCUGCCUUUGUUCACAUGGUCAAUGUUGGUAUAUUCAAUG